AUGAAAGGAUGUUCUCCGUUAGAUAGAUCAUUGCAAUCUAUUUCGUUAUCUUUCAUAAGAUGUAAUUCUAGAACUUCGUCAAAAAGAUGGCUUGAUAGACAAAUGAAUGAUAAGUUCACUAAAGAUUCUAAAACUAGUAAUUAUAGAUCGCGAGCUGCAUUCAAACUCAUAGAAAUUGAUAAAAAAUUUCACAUAUUCAAUAAAAAGACUUUGAAUAUUGUAGAUCUUGGUUUUGCUCCAGGAGCCUGGACACAAGUUGCUCUCGAAAGAAGUAUCGCUGUGGGUAUAAAAUCAAAUGUAAUUGGUAUUGAUUUAAUAAAUUGCAACCCUCCAGAAGGUUCGCAUUUCGUUCAAGGUGAUGUUUUUCAAAACGAUACACAGCAAAUAAUAAGAGAUUAUUUUGAAAAGUUACAAAGCAAGACAUUUACUACUAAUACGACUACUCCUGCUGGAAAUGAGAAUGUCGACAUGCAACUCCCUGUAGAUUUGAUUUUGAGUGACAUGAUGGCCAAUACUUCAGGAAUAAAAGAUAGUGACCAUUUUGCUAGCAUGGAUUUAUGUAACGAAGCAUUAAGGCUAUCUACUAAAUUACUUAGACCGAAGGGAAACAUAGUAAUGAAGUUCUACACCGGAAAAGAAGAGAACAUGUUGAAAAAUGAUAUACAGACUUUUUUCACAAAAGUAUAUCGGUUUAAACCUGCUUCUUGUCGUAGAGAACUGAAAGAAAUGUACUUUAUAGGAAUGAAUAAAAAAUAA